ACCAACCAAUGACCAUCUCCCUCCUUAGUCUUCACCUAAACCUAAAACUCGCACACCUUCUACCUACUCCUCUUUCUCAGCCAACUAUAAUUAACAACACUUGCAUUUUUCAGCUUUAGACUCUUUCUUUUUUUCUUUCUCGUUGUGUUUUUGGUUCCGUAGCAAUGACAUUUAGGGGGUUUUUGCGGUUGUUGUUUCUGGUUCUGGCCGUGUACUGUGGGCUUGACCCCUUCAAGCACAGUGCCAUAUCGGAGUUUCCGGAUUAUGUGUCACUCAAAGUGGAAAUGCCUGAUUGGUCACUCGUUCCGACGGAUAAAGACGAUCAAAAUUUGCUGCAGAAGUCGGAAAUUAAAUUCUUGAACGAGAUUCAAGGCCCUGAAAGCAUUGCUUUCGACCCUCUUGGCCGUGGACCUUAUACUGGUGUUGCUGAUGGUAGAAUUCUCAUCUGGAAUGGCCUCAAGUGGACUGACUUUGCUUAUACUUCCAAUAACAGGUCGGAAUUAUGUGACCCGAAGCCAUCGCCUUUUGCUUACUUGAAGCAUGAGCACAUCUGCGGCAGGCCUUUGGGGCUCCGGUUUGACAAGAAAACUGGUGAUUUAUACAUUGCAGAUGCAUAUUUUGGACUGAUGAAAGUAGGUCCAGAAGGUGGAUUGGCAACAUCCCUUACAACAGAAGCAGAAGGUGUGCCGCUGAGGUUUACCAAUGAUCUAGACAUUGAUGAUGAAGGGAAUGUUUACUUUACAGAUAGCAGUAUUGUAUACCAGCGGAGGAACUUCAUGCAAUUGGUUUUCUCUGGUGAUGAUAGUGGAAGGGUUCUCAAGUAUGAUCCAACUACAAUACAAACAACUGUUCUUGUGAGGAAUCUCCAGUUCCCUAAUGGUGUGUCCUUAAGUAAGGACAAAUCAUUCUUCCUCUUUGUUGAAGGAUCCGUUGGCAGAUUAUGCAAGUAUUGGCUGAAAGGUGAGAAAGCAGGUACUUCAGAAGUGUUUGCCAUCUUGCCUGGAUACCCUGACAAUGUCCGAACUAAUGAAAAAGGUGAGUUCUGGGUGGCAAUCCACUGUCGGCGAUCACUAUAUGCUUACUAUUUGGGUCUAUUCCCCAAACUUCGGACGUUCAUGCUUAAACUCCCGAUAUCGGCAAAGAUACAUUUCCUGAUACAAAUUGGGGGAAGGCCCCAUGCAGUAGUUGCCAAAUACAGCCCAGAGGGGAAGCUUUUGCAGAUAUUAGAGGACAGUCAGGGAAAAGUUGUUAAAGCAGUUAGUGAAGUGGAAGAGAAGGAUGGUAAGCUGUGGAUGGGCAGUGUUCUGAUGCCAUUUAUUGCAGUUUACGACUUACCUUGAGUAAAGUACAACCAUUUAAUAUACAAAGCUAGAGGUAUCUAGCCGCUUUCAACUGCUUUUCUUUGUCGCUUGAAAGUGUUGUGAACCAUAUGUGCUGGGUUAGAAUUUCUUCUUUGUUUCCUCAUGUUGGCAUUCUAAUGUUUUUGCCUUUUAAAUGAUAAAAUCAUUUAUGUUUACCUAUAGUGACUUGCUUUAAUGGAUUGAUCUCUAAACUUAAUUUCAUUCACAUUUA